CUGUUCCAGGAUCAGACUCAAACACGGCAGUGGUGGUAUGGCAGCCAGGAAACAGACAGCCAUCUUAUAAUCUGCAGCCUGUCUGUUAUAUUUGCAACUUAAACGGCCUUAUUCCAUCUUUUAAUAAUGGGUCAGUGUGGGAUUACAUCGUCUAAGACCGUCUUGGUGUUCCUGAACCUGAUAUUUUGGGCCGCCGCUGGCAUCCUGUGCUAUGUUGGAGCCUACGUGUUCAUCACGUAUGAUGACUAUGACCAUUUCUUUGAGGAUGUGUACACACUGAUCCCAGCCGUUGUCAUUAUCGCAGUCGGAGCGCUGUUGUUCAUUAUCGGACUCAUUGGAUGCUGCGCCACUAUUCGAGAGAGCCGCUGCGGUCUUGCCACGUUUGUCAUCAUUCUUAUGCUGGUUUUUGUGACUGAGGUGGUUGUGGUGGUUCUUGGCUAUAUUUACAGAGCAAAGGUUGAAGAUGAGGUCAAUCAUUCCAUCCAGAAAGUUUAUGAUGAAUACAAUGGCACCAACACGGAUGCUCCCAGCCGCGCUAUUGACUAUGUGCAGAGGCAGCUCCAUUGCUGCGGCAUCACCAACUACUUGGACUGGAAGAACACAAGCUGGUUUAAGGAGUCGAGAAACAACAGCGUCCCACUGAGCUGCUGUAAACCCAACGUGAGCAACUGCACCGGCUCCCUCUCCCGUCCCGGAGACCUCUACCCUGAGGGGUGUGAAGCCCUGGUUGUGAAGAAGCUGAAAGAGAUCAUGAUGUACGUCAUCUGGGCCGCUCUGACGUUUGCUGCAAUCCAGAUGCUGGGAAUGCUGUGCGCUUGUGUGGUGCUGUGUCGCAGAAGCCGAGACCCGGCCUAUGAGCUCCUCAUCACUGGAGGGACGUAUGCAUGAAAAAACCUAGCAGACAGACUCUCUCUUUUCAUUCACACACACACACACACACACACACACACACACACACACACACACACACACACACACACACACACACACACACACACACUGGGCUCAGGGUUCUGUCGGUGUGAGGUGGCACACUGGAUAUGCCCUUAUUUAUCUCUCUUUCUACACACCUCACACAGGGUUUGCUCACACAAUGCACUGGUGAUGGGUGAAGCGAAGCGCGUAAUAUUUAUUUAUACAGUAUAUGUCACCGAAAAAUGACUGCGUUUUAAUUUAAACCUUUGUUUUUCUCUCAAAGGCGUUGGGCCAGACUGCAAAAUGGCAAACAGCCAGUUUUUAAUCCCGUUGAGAAGACUUUAACACAUGUAUCGAUAACAUUUUCUCUUCCUUGUCUCUAUUAUAUGGAGUGGAAGAUUCUGUUAUUGUAUGGAAUAAUAUGUGGAAUGUAUGCUUUCCUCAUUUGUUAGUUUGCACUAUGUGUAUGGUUUAGUUCUAUAUUACAAAUACCAAGAUGGUAAAUGGCUGGGAUGGGGAAAUGAGGAUCAACUCGUGGUACCGCUGUCUCAGAUGAAUAUCACCCAGCACCAGUCCGCUGCUCAGGGACAGUGGCAGUGUGAGAGACAGAUCUGGAUUGACCACACAAGAUCACUUGGCAUUGUGGGUCCAAUCGUACAGCUAAAGUGAACUAUAUGUUCAAAAUGAGGUUCACACCGGUUUACAUGUAAAGUGUAAAGAGGUUUGGGGGACGCUCUACAUGCACUACCUAAAAGUUACCGAACUCUUAUAUUCUUUUCCUCCUUUUUCCAUUGCUUACAGUGUGAACAUUACUAGUCUAGUAAUAUAUAGUUUAAAGUUAGUUUGGAUAACAUGUAGGUAUGUAGAACAGGGUCAACAAUGUAUUAGUUUAAAUGAAUGUACAUAGGGAGGAAAAAUGGUGAAAUAAGCUUGUGAUUUCGAUCUUAAAAUAAAUGUUUCAUAAGUUGA